CAGAAUGGAGCCUUCUGCCUGCUCUGCCGGCCUGGAAGCUUCUAGCCCUUCUCCAGCUCUUGCCGUUCAUGCAGCUCCUUUUCCUGUUUUUGACUGUUAUGGUGCUCCUGGCCCAGGGCACCCGAGUCACCAAGUGCUGGAAUACACGAGGCAGGUGCAGAAUGACCUGUAAAGAGAAGGAAGUAUUCUAUAUAUUGUGCAAAUAUGAGGGGAAGUGCUGUGUGGAACCCAAGUACGUACACUUCAAACCCAAGGCCCCGAAUGCUUACUUGGAAACCUUGAGUUGACUUCUGCAGACUGACUGCCUCUUCCCACCUUGAGUCUCAAUAUCACUGGAAAUCACAGUUCUAGUAAAUCACUCCUGGCUGUUCACUCUUUCUGUCUGACAGUUCCAUCCAGUUAAACUUGG